AUGCUGGAGCUGCUGCGUUUCGAGAAGAAGCAGCUCCGUGGCAUUCUGGCGCUGCUGAAGAACGACAAGCUGAUCAAGUUCAAACUGAGGAUGGAGACGGACACGGCGGGCAAGACCUUCCGCCAGAACUACUACUACAUCAACUACCUCGUCUUCGUGAACGUGGUGAAGUACAAGCUGGACCACAUUCGCAAGAAGUUCGAGCUAAUUGACCGUGAUAACACCUCUCGAGCUUCCUUCAUCUGCUCCGAGUGUAACAAGUCCUUCACCGACCUGGAGGUGGACAUGCUCCUCGACAUCAACACCGGCGAGCUGAGGUAA